AAAACACCAAUGCCCUUACCCACAUGUCAAGCCAGCUCGGUGGCCACCAAUCAUGAUUGCUUGCCUCGACCAUCACAGGCUCUAGCCAAAGGAUAAAGUGCAGUGCAGGGCAGGGCAGGGCAGGGCAGAUGUGUCCGUUAGCGGAGCACUCCAUGCUUUUCCUGGCCACUGAUGUAAAUUAUCUCCAACGCUGACUCGUCAAUAAUGAUGGGAUAUUUCGCAGUCUCCGAGCUGUGCUUGUGGGGUACUUAUCCGGUCUAUCAAUUCUCGAUCCGCAACAAAAGGAGCACUAGCGUGCGAACCGCCCAUAUCGCUCGCUGCCCCUCCACGCAAGACCCCUAAUCAACAGCAGCCCAUGUGCUGUUAUGAUAGGUCGAAAGCGCUGACAUAGGUCCAUGUUCAGACAAUGAUGUACUUUGGAGGGGCAGCAUGCAUGUGCACGAGGGGUUGCGGUGCCGAGCAGCUCGGAAUAUAUCACUCUGUUCCAUCUCCCCUCAUUCUUGCUGGUCUUCCUCUGUGUCCAAGUCUCUCGAACUAUCUUCGCAGUAUCAACUACUUCCACCCAUUUCUCGUUCAACCAGCAAUGAGAGAGUACCAUGGCUUCUCUUACCCCUAGCGUCCUCGCCCAUGACCCCCACGCUCAAAUCAUUCUCGUAGGAGCAGCACUUAUUCUCCUUAUAGGCGUCAUCUUCGCCGCAACAUUCCGUUCCUCCAGAUCAAAGAAGGUCAACGACGAAGAUCUCACGGCUUUCGGGUCGUUCCUGCGAUUUUUCUAUGCUUCGUUCUUGAAGCCCCAUACUGGCGAUGGCACGGGCAAUGGCCAGCAAGAUGCCCUAGAAAGCUUCUAUAAGGCACAAGCUGGUGUCUAUGAUGCGACCAGAAAGAGAUUGCUGAGAGGUCGCGAAGACAUGCUUGGCUUGGUUGCUGCGCAGCUCGUGCAGAAGGCUGCAAGGGAGCGAACACAUGACCCAAAGCGCAUUUGGGUGGAUAUCGGAGGCGGAACAGGUUGGAACAUCGAAGCCAUGUCUGCAUAUGUCGAUGUUGAAAAUUUCUUCUCUAGUGUCUACUUGGUCGACUUCUCUCCCUCGCUCUGCGAAGUAGCACGGAAGCGGUUUACCCGCUUGGGAUGGAAGAACGUGAAAGUCGUUUGCCAAGAUGCAAGAACGUUCCGUCUUGAGGAUCACGAGAAUCUGGAUGGAGUCGGCAACGAUGUUGGCUUUGCUCUUCCGCCAAGCUAUUUCUCGGACAACAGUGCGAGUAUUGGUGGGGCAGAUCUGAUUACUUUGUCCUAUAGUCUGUCCAUGAUUCCUGACUUCUAUUCCGUGAUCGAUUCUCUCGCAUCUCUGCUCGCUCCUACCGGCAUUGUUGGAGUUGUUGACUUUUACGUGCAAUCCAUCGUGGAUCUAAGUUGUAGAAAUUACACUGGAGGUGUGAUAAAUCGUCAUGUCAACUGGUUCGGCCGACUCUUCUGGAGAGCUUGGUUCGAUGUUGAUCGAGUUGGUCUCGAGGCUGGUCGAAGAGACUACCUUGAGUACAGAUUCGGUACUGUUCUCAGCGCUGAUUCACGAAACGUCCUUCUCGGUUCCAUACCCUACUACGUCUGGAUAGGGUCACCCAAACGGCCCUCAAUGUCAAGCUCACCAAAUUAUCCACACGAAAUUGUUGAACGUCUGGACGCAGCGGCAACUGAAUCACCGUACCUCUUGCCCAUGAAUCACACUAGUGCUCUCUCACGAACAGUUGAUAAAUCCACCCCUCCUGAGCUCCGAUCAAAAGCUUACGACGCUGCAAUCAUCAAUCUUUCAGCCAAUCUUCCUCUGCCUUCAUUCUUCUACCAAAAUCACCACUGGCGUAUCCACUACGACGAUCAGCUAAAAAAGCAUACUCAAUUUGGCCACGAGUUCAUCUACGCCUUUACCUGGGAGGAUACCCGAGUUGAUCACCGCCUCUUGAAACUCACUUCUGCCGAUGUAGUGCUUGCCAUCACCUCAGCGGGCGACAACAUCCUCUCUUAUGCGCUGAACUCUCCUGCAAGAAUCCACGCCGUCGAUCUCAACCCCAACCAAAACCACCUUCUGGAACUCAAAGUCGCAUCUUUCACAGCGCUCCCAUACACAGAUGUGUGGAAACUCUUCGGACAGGGCAAACAUCAGAACUUCCGCGAGCUUCUGAUCUCGAGACUCUCGCCGCACAUGUCAUCUCGAGCAUUCCAGUACUGGUUGAACAAUUCUCAAGUGUUCACUUCUACCAGAGGUAAAGGACUGUAUGAGACAGGCGGUUCCAGGCACGCCAUCCGAGUCAUUCGUAUCCUUGCGACGACGCUCCGCUUCAGCAGCCAAAUCACCGCUCUGCUCUCCGCCAAGACACUCAACGAACAGCGCGAGAUCUGGACUACAAAGAUUCGUCCCAUUAUCAUGUCCCGCAUCUUCUCUUACCUUGUCGUCUCCCAGGAAAAGUUCCUCUGGGCAGCCUUAGGUGUACCCCACAACCAGCUCGCUAUGCUGGAGGCCGAUCACCUGGCCUCCGAGUCAUUUUCAGACAGCUCAGCUGAUGCAGGCCCUCUUGGCCAUUCUGAGAAAGAACUUAAUUCCAGUCGUGGUAAAGCCGUUUGGGAAUACAUGGUCCAGACACUAGAUCCAGUUAUCAACCACUCUCUGAUCGGUGAAGAUAAUCCGUAUUACCUAGUCUGUCUCCAGGGUAGCUACUCGCAACGUUGCCACCCGGAUUAUCUGCAGCCGAAAUCGCACCAGAAACUGUCGAGGGGCAACGCGUUUGAUGGAUUAAGAAUACAUACCGACGAGAUCAAUGAAGUUGUGUCGAGGCUUACCCCUGGGACGUUGACUGUUGCUGUCGUCAUGGAUAGUAUGGAUUGGUUCAAUCCUGGAUCGGUGGAAGCGGAGAGUCAGAUCGAGAAGUUGAAUCGCGCUCUAAAGAUGGGUGGGAGAGUGCUGUUGAGAAGUGCUGCUCUGACGCCGUGGUAUGUUUCAAGGUUUGAGGCUCUUGGUUUUGUGGGAAAGAGAGUUGGUGCGAGGAUUGCUGGGGCAUGUAUUGACAGAGUCAAUAUGUAUGCUUCCUGCUGGCUUCUCACCAAAGUCGAGGCUGUUGCUCCUGCGACCCCUCGAGCAACUCGACCCAGUUCAGUCGAUCUCGAAGCUCUCGAGAUCUGACUUCCCGCACCAACGCCCACAAGAAAUCCCUCCACAUGGCAACAUCAUCGGCGAGGUGCCACAAGUCUCGACGUCGACUGGAAACUUCUUGAUGAAGGUGUAGCUCUACGGGGCCUUGAUAAAACACCCACACAGAAUGAUAUCACGCCAGGCACGUGUGGGAUGGUUCACCGAAGAAUAAAAGUACGAGGGAGGUCAUUCUAAUAGUCUACUGUAUCUCGUUCUACGCAUGCUGCGGACUGAAAGAAUCUAGUUCUAUA